AUGGAAAAAAAUGCAUUUUCAGAGUUAGGAUUUAGUAAUUGGAAGAAAGUAAACAAUCGGGUAAAUUGUGCAUUUGUAUGUCACGAGGGUUCUAUUCCUAAUUCUCCUCAUAAUUUAUGUGUGAAAUCUUGUGAUGAUUUAAUGGCUCAAUCUAAGCAUAUAGACAAAGUUCUUGAUAGGCAUAGUGAUGAAACUAUUGCAAAUAACCGUUUAAGGUUGAAGACAUCUAUUAAUGCUAUUCGAUGGCUUGCAUUUCAAGCAUGUGCAUUUAGAGGCGAUGAUGAAAGUCCUGGAUCUUUGAAUAGGGGAAAUUUUAUUGAGUUAAUUAAGCUUUUAGUUUCCUGUAAUCAGAAUGAUAAUAAUGUUGUCCUUGAAAAUGCUCCUGGGAAUGCUCAAUAUAUAUCUCCCGGUGUUCAGAAAGAUAUAUUGCAUAUCUUUGCUAGAAAAGUGCGUGCAACAAUUCGAGAAGAAAUUGGUGAUUCUAAAUUUUGUAUAAUUAUUGAUGAAGCAAGAGAUGAGUCAAAGCGAGAACAAAUGUCUGUGGUUUUAAGAUUUGUAGACAAGCACGGUUGUGUUCAAGAAAGAUUUUUUGAUCUUAUACAUGUUUCUGAUACAUGUUCUUUGACAUUGAAAACAGAAAUUUCAUCAGUUCUUUCUCGUCAUAAUCUUGAUGUCCAAAAUCUUAGGGGACAAGGGUACGAUGGAGCUAGUAAUAUGCGUGGUGAAUGGAAUGGAUUGCAAGCUCUAUUUCUGAAAGAUUGUCCUUUUGCUUAUUACAUUCAUUGUCUUGCUCAUCGAUUACAAUUAGCACUUGUUUCUGCAGCCAAAGAAGUUUGUUAUGUUCAUCAAUUCUUUUCAAAACUUACUCUAAUUGUGAAUGUUGUGACUGUUUCUCCUAAACGUCAUGAUCAGUUAAGGGUUGCUCAAGCAAAUAAUAUUGCAAACUUAAUUGCCAAUGAUCAAAUUGUGACAGGUAGUGGACUUAAUCAAAUUGGUACUUUGCAAAGAGCUGGAGAUACUAGAUGGGGGGGUCUCAUUUGA